AUGGUUCUAUAUAAAGUUCGUGUGUCUACUGGCACCAACCUGGGCUCAGAGACUAAAGACUGGGUUUCAGUCACCUUGGUGGGCACCAAGGGCAGCAGCCCCCAAACCUGGUUUGACAACUGGGGACCAGACUUCUACGUUGGAGCGGACAGCGAGUAUGAAAUCCAAUGCACCCAGGACCUGGGAGAUAUCUUGCUCAUCCAGAUCACCAAAAAAACAAUGCUGUUAAUCCAAGACAGUUGGUACUGCAACUUUAUCCAGGUGACAUCCCCACAGGGUGAGAUCUACAAUUUUCCUGUCUACCAGUGGAUCGAAGGCACUGUGGAGGUCAGAGAGGGGAAAGGAAUAACUGCUCCUGAAGAUACCCUUUCAGAUCACAGGAAGAAAGAACUGGAAGAGAGGCAGAAAUCCUAUAGAUGGAAGGAGUAUGAACCUGAAAUGCCACACUGUCUGGAUGUCAACUCCACUCAUGACCUGGAAACCAACUCCCAAUUUUCUUUCCUCAAACGCGCUCUUUUUUACUCGCGUGCUACAGUGAUGGCGGUGGAGCAGAGACUGAAAGGAUACUCUACCAGCAAAGAGUCUUGGGAAUCGCUGGAAGACAUCAAGAAGGUCUUUGGUUUCAACAGGCAUGAGAUGAUAGAGUAUAUCAUAGAACACUGGAAGGAAGAUGCAUUCUUUGGCUACCAAUUCCUAAACGGAUUGAAUCCAAACUUGAUCCGGAAGUGUGCAAAGAUCCCACCCAAUUUCCCUGUUACUCAAGAUAUGGUGGCCAGAUCCCUGGGCCAUGGCACUACCUUGACAGAAGAGCUGAAGAAAGGGACCAUCUACAUUGCCGACUACCGCAUUUUGGACGGGAUCAGUGGUGGUUGGAUUAACAAGGUCCAGCAGUACAUCACGGCCCCAAUCUGCCUGCUGCAUAUCACCCCUCAAAAGGAGCUGAUACCCCUUGCCAUCCAGCUCAGCCAGACCCCUGGCCCAGAAACUCCCAUAUUCCUGCCCUGUGACUCUGAGUGGGACUGGAUCUUGGCCAAGACCUGGGUGCGCAAUUCCCAUUUCCACGUGCACCAGGCAGUGGCCCACCUGCUCCGGACGCACCUGUUGGCAGAAGUCUUCGCCCUGGCGACCUUCCGCCACUUGCCUACAUGCCACCCACUCUACAAGCUCUUAAUCCCUCACAUGCGCUACACCUUUAACAUCAACACCCUGGCCCGGGAAGACCUCAUCAGUAAAGAUGGUAUUUUUGACAAGGCAAUUGGUCUUGGUCGUCAAGGCUUGAUCGAGCUUUGCCAGAGGGGCAUGGAAGUUCUGACCUAUUCCUUCCUGUGCCUCCCAGAAGAUUUAGAGGACCGUGAUGUGUGUUCGCUGCCCAAUUACUACUACAGGGAUGAUGGUCUGGAGAUCUGGGCAGCCAUAGAAAGUUUUGUCUCCAAUAUUGUCGACUUCUACUAUUUGAAGGAUGAAUCUGUGCAGGAAGAUUAUGAACUGCAGGGCUGGAUAAAAGAUAUCUUUACCGAAGGUUUCCUGAGUCAAGAGUCUUCUGGAAUCCCGUCCUCCUUCGAUACAGCGCUGGAGCUGAAGAAGUUCCUGACCAUGGUGAUAUUUACCGUUUCUGCUCAGCAUGCAGCUGUCAACAAUGGGCAGUAUCGGAAUGGCGCCUGGAUGCCCAACUUCCCCUCCUCCAUGAGGAAGCCCCCACCUAGAUCCAAAGGCAUGACACACCUGGAGGACUACCUGGAUACUUUGCCUGCCAUCAACACCACCUGCAGCAUCAUUGGCACUGGCUACGUGCUCAGUGCCCCACCGGGAGAUGCGGUAGCUCUGGGGAAUUACCCCAACGAGUACUUCACAGAGAAGGAACCACAACAGUUCAUUCAAGACUUCCAGGACCGCUUGAACAAGAUCUCCAAGAAAAUUGUGAAGAGGAACUGUUCUCUUCCCAUUGGCUACCAAAAUAUGUACCCUCCCGAGGUAGAGAACAGUGUCUCCAUCUGA